UAAAAUGCAGCCUGGCAAUCUGUAUAAUGGUGGGUCGCGGGGAGGGGGGCUGUUUAAAGUUGACAUAACGGCGUAGUAAUGCCGUUGACUGAUAAAGAGUGAUGGAGCAGCAUGAAAAGGCUCCCGAUCGACUGCCUUACUGCUUGCCAUUUGAGAUUAGCGCCAGCCCGCCCCCCGAAGCCACCCAGCCAACGCGAAUCAACUGGAGCCUGCAAAGCCAAACCAGCACGCUGCCCGUCCCAGCGCCCCGACAGCCGCGCAGCCUCUGCACGGAGUUGCAUAAUAAAAAGAACUUUUACUCCGUUAACGGUAGAUCUUUUUUCUGGUAAGACGUUUUUGUUUUUUAAAUGGCACCCUGGAUUUUUCUCCUUUUUACUUUUGUUGCUGUCCUUAAUGCGCAAGCAGCACUGAAGCAGAUGUCCCUGGCCGAGUGCUGCAGGGCCGGUCAGGAACACGGCCAAACGUCCCAGGACUGUGCCUCCCUGCCGCUUCUCUCCGAGUUCCCGGCAUGCAGGAUGGCUCAGGAGCAGUGCUGCACUGCCGUCCUGGAGAGAUCGUCCUGUGAGCAGGGCAUUGGCCUGGCCCUGGGGGAGGGAACGUGCGAAGUCCUCUCAGGAAACGCCUGCGAGACCAGAAGCGCCAAGAUGUGCUGCCAGUGCUGCAUACUGGGCCGAGAGGCUCUGGCGGAUGGUCUGAGCUGCGAGUUGAAGCUGCCAGUGGCUUACCAGUGCGGUGCAGUGUCCCACCAAUGCUGUCUCCAGGGCUUGGCUGAGGCGACGGGCAACGGCACCCUGGCCCUUGAAAACAAACUGCCUAAUGACCAGGACGAGGACCCCCUCAAUGACAAGUGCACAAACACUCAGUGUUCUCAGCGCUGCCUUGGAAACAACUCCUGCGGCUGCUUUCAGGGGUACAGACUGAAACCAGACGGUCGAAAUUGUGAAGACAUUAAUGAGUGCUUGCUGGGUGCCCACCACUGCCAGCUGGGGGAGCAGUGCAUCAACAAGGACGGCUCCUACCGGUGCCAGCGCGAGGCCAGCUGCGGUACUGGGUACGAGCUGACGGACAGCAACAUCUGUCAAGAUAUUGAUGAAUGUGAGAUUGGAACCCACAACUGUGGCCAGGAGCUUGUGUGCCGAAACACACAGGGCUCCUUCCGAUGUCAGCCCCGUCACCAGUGUGGGCCGGGCUUCUUCCAGGACGCCCUGGGGAACUGCAUCGAUAUCAAUGAGUGUCUGAGUCAGAGUGCACCGUGUCCGGCGAGACAGACGUGCAUCAACACCGUGGGAUCCUAUGUCUGCCAGAGGAGCUCGCCGAGCUGCGGACGGGGGUACCACCUCAGUGAGGACGGCGCACGCUGCGUGGACGUGGAUGAGUGUAUGGGAACAGACGGGGCCUGUGCUGGCCAUAACUGCAUCAACACGGUGGGGUCCUUCCGCUGCCAGUGCCGUGCGGGAUACACCUUCAACAGCAUCAGCCGGGCCUGUGAAGAUAUCAACGAGUGCAGGCAUUUUCCAGGACGCCUCUGUGCGCACAAAUGUGAGAACGUCCAGGGGUCCUACCAGUGUAGCUGCACCAUGGGCUUCAAGCUGGCCAGCGAUGGCAGGAACUGUGAAGACGUGAACGAGUGUGAGAGUAACCCCUGCAGUCAGGAAUGCGCCAACGUCUACGGUUCCUACCAGUGUUACUGUCGCCGUGGCUACCAGCUCAGCGACGUGGACGGAACCACAUGCGAAGACAUCGACGAGUGCGCCCUCCCCACGGGGGGGCACCUCUGCGCGUACCGCUGUCACAACGUGCCCGGCAGUUUCCAAUGCAGCUGCCCCCCCGUGGGCUACACCUUGGGGCCCAGUGGCCGCAGCUGCCAGGACGUAGACGAGUGUCUGACUGCGACGCACAAUUGCACUGAAUCGGAGAGCUGCUUCAAUGUGCAGGGGGGAUUCCGGUGCCUGUCGUUUGAGUGUCCGGACAACUACCGCCGGGCAGGAGAAAUGCCCGUCCGUUGUGUGAAAUCCUGCCCGCCGAAUGAUGCAGCCUGCCUGUCAGAUCCCGUUCAGUCCAUCUCUCACACGGUGAUCUCUCUCCCUACCUUCAGGGACUUCGUCAAACCGGAAGAAAUUGUCUUCUUGAGAACCAACUCCCCAGCACACACGGCCCUGAGACCAGCUUUCCCCAGCAUCAUCUUUGACAUCCUAGCAGGCAACGUGCACAACUCUUUUGACAUCGUCAAGCGCUAUGAGCAGAGCAUGGCUGUAGGUGUGGUCCGCCAGGUGAAGCCCAUCACUGGCCCAUUCUACACGGUCCUCAAGCUGGCCAUGAACCACGUGAUGUCCGGAGUUGUCUCUUACCGCAACAUUGUCAAUGUCCACAUCUACAUCUCCGAGUUCUGGUUCUGAGCCGAGACCCAGAGACCCUAACCCCACCCUACACCCCUCACAGACCCCAGCCCUACCCUUCUCCCCACCCCCCCAUCUUCUGUGGCACUGAGGUUGGAGGAGAGUGUGAAUGAUGUGUUGGGCAUGGCAGUGUGUCCUGUGGGAUCCUCACGGCGUCCUCCUUGCCGGCAAAAGGACUGGAACGUUGCUUAGUCCAUAGAGUGCAGGGUAAUCUCUGUCUGCUAGGUUGUAAAUACGUCACUCUCUCGCUCAUUUUUCUAUCACGUUCUAAAUCAGCAUGGCUGUGUGGCUCUACGCCACGUGCUUCUCGCACCAUUACCGAACACCGCCACUGCGUAAGCCCCUCAAGCUGAGCACAGAGCGCGAGUUAAACGCCAGCAGAACGCCCAUCACUACUGGCUCACUUUCGUGGGGAUAGGUUUACAAAUGUGAAAUCGGACGGGAAAACAAUGGAGAAGCACAUAAGAGUGCGUUAAUAAAACGGUAAAUAUUUGCGACCUCAUAUGGUCAUUGUUACAGAGCUUCUUUCAUGUAAUCUCCUACCCACUAUGUCCCACCCAAAUCAUAUGCCUAAAGGAACAAGAGAUCAAGACCCCCAAAUGAUACGCAAAAGAGAAAUGGGCAGGAAGACCUCCCCCCCCCCCAACCAGAUUGCAUGCCAUACAGAAUCAGGAGCGAAGACACACCAAUUCAAACAGGGAGAGAAGACCCCUGAUUCACAAACUAACUCAAACAGGGAGCAAAGACCCCUAAAUCACGAACAAACCCAUAUGAAAAGAGAAAGACCCCUGAUUCACACACCAACCCAAACAGCGGGUAAGGGGCCCGUUACCCGAGCUGCCCCUUGGAGGCCCGAUGGGGGGGGGGCAGCACAUGCACCAGUCCCCUGGCUGGCUACCCGUUGCCACACCGCAGCACAUGCUGCAGGAUAUAAGUAACUUCGAAUAAAAUCUGCCCAUUUCUUUUUUCAUCCUACAGACCACUGUUUCUCAUCACUCAAAACAAGAAAAUGUCGCUUAUAGACUCCAUGGGCCGACCAGUCCCCUUUGCCUGUAUAUCAGGUACUUGAGAACGAGCUACUGUAAUCAUAAAGCAUGUGUCUUGUUUUAGAAAUUAUCUGAAUAGCAGAAACAGGCUGCAAGAGACAGCACCACUGACUGUGAGAGAUCUCCAUAUUAUAGCGAGGGCACCACUGACUGUGAGAGAUCUCCAUAUUAUAGCGAGGGCACCACUGACUGUGAGAGAUCUCCAUAUUAUCGCGAGGGCACCACUGUCUGUGAGAGAUCUCCAGAUUAAGAGAGAGAACCACUGACUGUGAGUGAUCUCCAUAUUAUAGUAAGGGCACCAUUGACUGUGAGAGAUCUUCAGAUUACAGAGAGUGAACCACUAACUGUCAGAGACCUCCAGAUUAUAGAGAGGGCACCACUGACUGUGAGAGACCUUCAUAUUAUAGAUCGGGCACCACUGACUGUGAGAGAUCUCCAGAUGAUAGAGAACCACUGACUGUGAGAGAUCUCCACAAUAUACAGAAAGCACCACCAACUGUGACAGAUCUCUAGAUUAUAGAGAGGGCACAACUAACUGUGAGAGACCUCCAGAUUAUACAGAAAGCACCACUGACUGUGAAAGAUCUCCAGAUUAUACAGAAAACACCACUGCCUGUAAAAGAUCUUCAGAUUAUACAGAGAGAACCACUGACUGUAAAACAUCUCCAGAUUAUACAAAAAGCACCACUGACUGUGAGAGAUCUCCGGAUUACACAGAGAGCACCACUGCCUGUGAGAGAUUCCCAUAUCAUAGAAAGAACACCACCGGCUGUGAGAGAUUUCCAGAAUAGGGAGAUGUAUCAACAGCUUUGAUCCCCUUACAUGCCAAAGCAAUAAAAGCUUAUGUUAAAAAGGCUGGAAAAGUCAUAAGAGACAAAGGAUUCCCUAGCUGCCUCGAUGGUGCACUUCAAUGUUAGUAACAAUUAUUUAUACUAAAUAGUAACUGUUACUGUUAUACAUAGAUACAUUACAUGCAUGGCAAGCUGCACUGCAUUGGUGGUAAGAUUUGCCUCAUUUAUUGAUUAAAUUGAUAUGAUAAUAAAGUUCCUACACCACAAA